AUGCGUCGUAUCCUCUCCCUUUCUUUUCUUUCCUGUUCCAUUCUCUGCAUCUCCAUCCACUCCUUCUCCAUCUUCUCCCUUUCAAUUCUUUCCCUCUCCAUUCUUUCCCUCUCUAACCUUUCUCUCUCAAUCCUCACUCUCUCCAUUCUUUCCCUCUCUAACCUUUCCCUCUCCAUCCUUUUCCUUUCUUCUCUCUGUAUCUCUAACCUCACCCUCUCUAACCGCUCCCUUUCCAUUCUUUCUUCUUGCAUUCUCUCAUUCGCCAUCCUUGUGUUUGUCGCUUGA